UUGACACCUCGCAGCAGUGGGAUCGAGCUAUGGACGAGUAUCAGACAGAAGAGGAGACCACGUUCGUGGUUGAUGAAGUGAGUAAAGUUAUUAAAGAGUCAGUGGAAGCAGCCAUAGGAGGAAAUAGCUACCAGCACAGCAGAGUGAACCAGUGGACCACUGGUGUGGUGGAGCAGUGCCUCAGUCAACUCAGCAAGCUGGGAAAGCCUUUCAAGUAUAUUGUGACCUGUAUCAUCAUGCAGAAGAAUGGAGCGGGACUGCAAACAGCCAGCGCCUGCUUCUGGGACAACUCCACAGAUGGAAGCUGUGCAGUGAGAUGGGAGAACAAGUCCAUGUACUGUAUCGUCAGUGUCUUUGGUUUGGCCAUCUGAACGGACUACUGUACAAUAAGUGUUUAAAGUGUGUAGGAUUUGAAGUAUUAUGCCAAAUGAGAUAGAUUAAAACAGAACUAUGCUGUA